AUCACCAGACGCACCAAAUACCUGCAGCAGUCGUUGUUGUCUGGUUACCCAGCCGCCUGCUGACUCGUUUACCGCCGCUCUGCGCUCACACAGUGACUCAGUAAGUUCGCCCGCGCGGGACAUCACAGUCGGCUAUCGGAAUUCCAGCCAUAUCGAGCCGAAAAACGCACCGCGAACAUGUCCACCCUAACCAGACGUUCCAGCGGGAACAGGGUCCCCGAUUACAAGGACUACAUGACCUUCGUGAGUGCCUACAGGAACGGGAAGAGAGAUCCGGAAGCUGGGGAUGAUCAGACCUUCAUCUUACCAACGAACGAUUCCAAGAAGAUGGUACCUGAGGUAUCAGGCUUCAGCGCCGGGAAGGUCUGCGAUUCCUACUCGUCUUUUUUGGAGAAGACCAAGACCAAGAAGUUCAGUUCAGUGAAACCUCCCUCAGUUAUUUUGACACCAAACGAACCAGCUAACAAACAAACAGUGAAAGUGAAAACUGAAAUAUUUUUAGAAAUUAACAACGAAGAAACUCCUAAAAAACUUGAAUUUACGGUGGUGGAUAAAAAUGUGGAGUGCACCGACGAAGAUACCAUCGCGUCAGGACAAGUUGAGGCUAGGAAGAAAAUGUUCGAAGGUAGGACACAACAAGAAAAUAAAAUUCCAACAGUCACCAACGGAAACCAACAAAAAAACAAAAUACUCACCCUAAAACGAAAACUAGAAUCAAACAAUGCCAAACCAACAGAAACCAAUCCCACAGUUGCACCAAUAGAAACAAUCAACAAAAUACAUUCAAAAACAGAAAACCCAACCCAAACAACAGUGACCGAUGGAGUUCAAGCUCAAGAAAUCCUCAACUUCCACUUGAUAGAGAAAAGAAACAACGAACAACAAGCAGAUGUAAGUAGCAAAGAUCGACUAAUAGACCAACUCAACGAAGCACUCAAAUUCAAAACGUCUCUAACGUUAGAGACCGAUAUAAAAAAAGAAACCGAAGAUACAAAAGUUGAGCUAACAACAGAAAACAUUUGUGUGAAAAAUAUCCCCAAGGAAUUCUCUUCAAUCCCACCUCCACCUCCGCCAAUGCCCAACGGUUUGAGAAAAACGCCUCCAACGUACAGAAUGAAUAAGGAGAACAACGACAACAGAGAAAAAAACAAUAAAAGUCCACCCUUCAAUGCAAACAACGAAACAGAUACCGAGAUUUCUAAGAAGAACCAGAAGUCGUCUACGCUGGAAAGGACGAACCCCCUAGUGCGAAAACUUGCAUAUGGUGCGAUGCUUGAUAUGUACGGGGCGUACCAUGAAAAGGCUAACAGUUACGUAUCUACGUUACCCAGACAGCACGUGAGGAAGGAUAAUGGACUUCAGAAAAUCAUCGACAGUAUUGCGGCCCAGGGAGGUCUAGACAAAUUGAGUGGAAGAAGUAAUCCCAAAGCAGAAAACGAGUGAAAAUAAGAAUAGUCAUAUUUCAAGAUACUCUAGAUAUUAUUAAUUUUAACCUUAAUUAUAAGUUAACAUGUAUGUGAAUUUGUUUUUAUCAAUUAAAUAAUUUUUAUAUAU